GGAAGACCAAGAGUGAUAAGUUAGGUCUGCAGCUGGAUCCCGCAAAUCGCAAAUUCCCCCGAAGGAAAUUAUCUGAACAUGAAUACCAGGGCAUAGAAUUGACCUGUAUUGCGUCCCGAUUCCAGCGGGAUAUCAUUGACUCUCUGCUAUGGUACACUAGGGAGAAUGGCAGGAACCUUACGAACGUCAUGUUAGCGUUUUACUACUGCGCUAACGUCGAUAUUUCGCUGAUGUUUUGCGAUUCGGUUUGGCUCUCGCUGAAUUGUGAACUUCCAGUUAUGACACACCAGAUGAGUUAUGAACAAGCCACGAAUGCCCUGGAACAUGCCGAAAAUGGUCUUCACAAUUCAUACCUUGAGGCUAUUUUCUACGCCCCGACUCUGUAUACAGUCAGCAUGACGAGGAGAUACAAGUCUGAACGGAGUCGCAUAGUGGAUUUUAUUAGUAAACUGAAGCAGAAAGGCUUUCUCAUUGCUGAUCAGUUCUUAUCCGCGAUUGAAGAAGCGUGGGCCGCUCGAUGAGUGCAAUUUUGUAUGACACCUAAGCUAGAGCAGUAAGGUGUUGUGCUCGUCCGGAAUUCGAGCAUUAUGAGUUUUGUAUGUGACUCCUGAGGGUAGCUUUGG